AUUCUUUUUUCCUCCCUGGUGUUUUUUUCAUGGCUUUUGAAGCAUUUGUGACCCCAUCAUGUCCAUGUAUGGGCCUCUUCCUUUGUGUGGCUGUUCCGGAUUCCAGAGCAAAUGAUAGCAAGGCCAUUGUGGAUGGGAACCUGAAGCUCAUCUUGGGCCUGGUGUGGACCCUGAUUCUCCACUACUCCAUCUCCAUGCCCGUGUGGGAGGACGAAGGGGACGAUGACGCCAAGAAGCAGACGCCAAAGCAGAGGCUGCUGGGCUGGAUCCAGAACAAGAUCCCCUACCUGCCCAUCACCAACUUUAACCAGAACUGGCAGGACGGCAAAGCCCUGGGAGCCCUGGUGGACAGCUGUGCCCCGGGUCUGUGCCCAGACUGGGAGUCCUGGGAUCCACGAAAGCCUGUGGAUAAUGCCCGAGAAGCCAUGCAGCAGGCAGAUGACUGGCUGGGCGUCCCGCAGGUCAUCACGCCUGAAGAGAUUAUUCACCCAGAUGUGGAUGAGCACUCGGUGAUGACUUACCUGUCCCAGUUUCCCAAAGCCAAACUCAAGCCAGGUGCUCCUCUCAAACCCAAGCUCAACCCAAAGAAAGCCAGGGCCUAUGGCAGAGGGAUUGAACCCACCGGAAACAUGGUGAAGCAACCAGCCAAGUUCACUGUGGAUACCAUCAGCGCCGGGCAGGGAGAGGUGAUGGUGUUUAUCGAGGACCCAGAAGGGAACAAAGAAGAGGCACAGGUCACCCCUGUCAGCGACAAGAACAAGACAUACUCUGUGGAGUAUCUGCCCAAGGUCACCGGGCUGCACAAAGUCACCGUCCUCUUUGCAGGACAGCACAUCUCCAAGAGCCCAUUUGAAGUGAAUGUUGACAAGGCCCAAGGAGAUGCCAGUAAAGUCACUGCCAAAGGCCCAGGGUUGGAAGCUGCAGGGAACAUUGCCAAUAAGUCCACCUAUUUUGACAUCUACACAGCAGGAGCUGGUGUGGGUGACAUUGUCGUGGAAGUGGAAGAUCCCCAGGGGAAGAACACGGUGGAGUUGUGUGUGGAAGACAAAGGAAACCAGGUGUACCGAUGUGUGUACAAACCAGUGCAGCCUGGCCCUCACGCGGUCAAGGUGUUCUUUGCUGGGGACACUAUUCCCAAGAGUCCCUUUCUUGUGCAAGUGGGGGAAGCCUGCAAUCCAAAUGCCUGCCGGGCCAGUGGUCGAGGCCUGCAGCCCAAAGGUGUUCGAAUCCGCGAGACUGCAGACUUCAGAGUUGAUACCAAAGCUGCUGGAAGCGGGGAUCUCAGCAUAACCGUGAAGGGUCCUAAAGGCCUGGAGGAGUUGGUGAAGCAGAAAGGCUUUCAGGAUGGGGUCUACACAUUCGAGUAUUACCCCAGCACCCCGGGGAAGUACAGCAUUGCCAUCACGUGGGGGGGACACCACAUUCCGAAGAGCCCCUUUGAAGUUCAGGUUGGCCCUGAAGCAGGCAUGCAGAAAGUCCGAGCUUGGGGCCCUGGUCUGCAUGGCGGCAUCGUCGGGCGGUCGGCUGACUUCGUGGUAGAAUCCAUUGGCUCUGAAGUGGGGUCUCUGGGGUUUGCCAUUGAAGGCCCUUCCCAGGCAAAGAUCGAGUAUGACGACCAGAACGAUGGAUCGUGUGAUGUCAAAUACUGGCCCAAAGAGCCUGGAGAAUAUGCUGUGCACAUCAUGUGUGACGACGAAGACAUAAAAGACAGCCCAUACAUGGCCCUCAUCCGCCCUGCCACAGGAGACUACAACCCAGAUCUGGUCCAAGCAUACGGGCCAGGUUUGGAGAGAACUGGGUGCAUUGUGAACAACCCAGCUGAGUUCGUCGUGGACCCUAAAGAUGCUGGAAAGGCUCCCUUAAUGAUAUACGCACAGGAUGGGGAAGGCCAGCCAAUCGACAUACAGCUGAAGAGCAGAAUGGAUGGCACAUACGCCUGCUCGUACAUCCCAGUGAAGCCCAUCAAGCACACCAUUUCUGUGGUCUGGGGCGGUGUGAACAUCCCACACAGCCCCUACAGGGUCAACAUUGGACAAGGUAGCCAUCCUCAGAAGGUCAAAGUGUUUGGGCCAGGCGUGGAAAGAAGUGGUCUGAAGGCAAACGAGCCCACUCACUUCACAGUGGACUGUACCGAGGCUGGGGAAGGUGAUGUCAGCGUUGGCAUUAAAUGUGAUGCCCGGGUGUUAAGUGAGGAUGAGGAAGAUGUGGAUUUUGACAUUAUUCACAAUGCUAAUGACACAUUUACAGUCAAAUAUGUGCCUCCUGCCACCGGGCGAUACACUAUCAAAGUUCUCUUUGCAUCACAGGAAAUCCCCGCCAGCCCUUUCAGAGUGAAAGUUGACCCUUCCCAUGAUGCCAGCAAAGUGAAGGCGGAAGGCCCAGGGCUCAGCAGAACAGGUGUGGAGAAUGGGAAGCCAACCCACUUCACUGUCUACACCAAGGGGGCUGGGAAAGCCCCACUUGACGUGCGGUUCAGCAGCCCUGUUCCUGGUGAUGCGGUGAAGGACUUAGAUAUCAUUGAUAACUACGACUACUCACACACCGUCAAAUACACACCUACCCAGCAGGGCAACAUGCAGGUUCUGGUGACUUACGGUGGCGACCCUGUCCCUAAAAGCCCUUUCACCGUGGGUGUUGCUGCUCCACUGGAUCUGAGCAAGAUAAAAAUCAAUGGGCUGGAAAAUAGGAUCGAGGUGGGGAAGGAUCAGGAGUUUUCCAUCGACACCCGAGGCGCAGGGGGCCAGGGGAAGCUGGACGUGACGAUUCUGAGCCCCUCCCGGAAGGUUGUGCCAUGCCUGGUGGCACCUGUGACAGGCCGGGAGAGCAGCUCAGCCAAGUUCAUCCCUCGGGAGGAGGGGCUGUACGCUGUGGACGUGGCUUACGACGGACACCCUGUGCCUGGGAGCCCCUACACGGUGGAGGCCUCACUGCCUCCAGAUCCCAGCAAGGUGAAGGCGCACGGGCCUGGCCUUGAAGGUGGCCUCGUGGGCAAGCCUGCCGAGUUCACCAUUGACACCAAAGGAGCCGGAAUGGGAGGUUUGGGCCUAACCGUGGAAGGCCCCUGCGAGGCCAAAAUCGAGUGCUCUGACAAUGGCGAUGGGACCUGCUCUGUCUCUUACCUUCCCACAAAACCCGGGGAGUACUUUGUGAACAUACUCUUUGAAGAAGUCCACAUACCUGGAUCCCCCUUCAAAGCCGACAUCGAAAUGCCAUUUGACCCCACCAAGGUUGUGGUGUCAGGACCCGGCUUGGAGCAGGGCAAAGUGGGUGAAGCCGGGCUGCUUAGUGUUGACUGUUCGGAAGCGGGUCCUGGGGCUCUGGGCCUGGAAGCCGUCUCGGACUCAGGCACGAAAGCCGAAGUCAGCAUUCAGAACAACAAGGACGGCACCUACGCGGUGACCUACGUGCCACUAACGGCCGGCAUGUACACGCUGACCGUGCAGUACGGGGGCGAGCUGGUGCCGCACUUCCCCGCCCGGGUCCGGGUGGAGCCUGCUGUGGACACCAGCAGAGUCAGAGUCUUUGGGCCGGGCAUAGAAGGAAAGGAUGUAUUUCGGGAAGCCACCACUGAAUUCACAGUGGACUCAAGGCCCCUGACCCAGGUGGGGGGUGACCACAUCAAGGCCCACAUUGCCAAUCCCUCGGGAGCCUCCACUGAGUGCUUUGUCACGGACAACGCCGAUGGGACCUACCAGCUGGAGUACACGCCCUUCGAGAAAGGUGUCCACGUAGUAGAGGUGACGUAUGAUGAUGUGCCCAUUCCCAACAGUCCCUUCAAAGUGGCUGUAACUGAAGGCUGCCAGCCAUCUCGGGUCCAUGCCCAAGGUCCUGGACUGAACGAGGCCUUGACCAACAAACCCAAUGUCUUCACUGUGGUUACCAGAGGGGCAGGAAUUGGCGGACUUGGAAUAACUGUUGAGGGACCAUCAGAGUCAAAGAUAAACUGCAGAGACAACAAAAAUGGCAGCUGCAGCGCUGAAUACAUUCCCUUUGCUCCAGGAGAUUAUGACGUUAAUAUCACAUAUGGAGGAGUCCACAUCCCCGGCAGCCCAUUCAGAGUUCCUGUGAAGGAUGUCGUGGACCCCAGCAAGGUCAAAAUUGCUGGCCCUGGUCUGGGCUCUGGUGUCAGAGCCUGCAUCUUGCAGUCUUUUACAGUGGACAGCAGCAAGGCCGGCCUGGCUCCCCUGGAAGUGAGGGUUGUGGGCCCCCGAGCGGAUGAGAUGGAUUCCCAGUCAUGGCGCAGCCCCCUGAAAGCCAUUUCAGAGUUCUUUAAAGGUGACCUGAAGGGUGACUUUAUGGAGACAGGCCUGGUGGAGCCCGUGAACGUAGUGGACAAUGGGGACGGCACACACACCGUGACCUACACCCCAUCUCAGGAGGGGCCUUACAUGGUCUCAGUUAAAUAUGCCGACGAAGAGAUCCCUCGGAGUCCCUUUAAGGUCAAGGUCCUUCCCACAUAUGAUGCCAGCAAAGUGACAGCCAGUGGGCCUGGCCUCAGCUCCUAUGGAGUGCCCGCCAGCCUGCCUGUGGAGUUUGCUAUUGAUGCCAGAGAUGCCGGGGAAGGCCUGCUCGCUGUUCAGAUCACGGACCAAGAAGGAAAACCCAAAAGAGCCACCGUCCAUGACAAUAAGGAUGGCACAUACGCUGUCAUGUACAUCCCUGACAAAACUGGACGCUACAUGAUUGGGGUCACUUACGGCGGGGAUGACAUCCCCCUUUCUCCUUACCGCAUCCGGGCUACACAGACAGGCGAUGCCAGCAAGUGCCUGGCCACAGGCCCUGGCAUCGCCCCCACUGUGAAAACUGGCGAGGAGGUGGGCUUCGUGGUGGACGCUAAGACUGCUGGGAAGGGGAAAGUGACCUGCACGAUUCUGACCCCGGACGGCACUGAGGCCGAGGCUGAUGUCAUUGAAAAUGAAGACGGCACCUAUGACAUUUUCUACACGGCCGCCAAGCCGGGCACCUACGUGAUCUAUGUGCGCUUCGGCGGUGUCGAUAUUCCCAACAGCCCCUUCACUGUCAUGGCCACGGAUGGGGAAGUCUCAGCCAUGGAGCAGGUGCCGGUAAAUGCAUGCCCCCCUGGAUUCAGGCCCUGGGUGACCGAAGAGGCCUAUGUCCCAGUGGGUGACAUGAAUGGGCUGGGCUUUAAGCCUUUCGAUUUGGUCAUUCCGUUUGCGGUCAGGAAAGGAGAAAUCACAGGAGAGGUCCACAUGCCGUCCGGGAAGACGGCCACACCCGAGAUCGUGGACAACAAGGACGGCACGGUCACUGUCAGAUAUGCACCCACCGAGGUGGGGCUGCACGAGAUGCACAUCAAGUACAUGGGCAGCCACAUCCCUGAGAGCCCUCUCCAGUUCUACGUGAACUACCCCAACAGUGGAAGCGUUUCUGCAUAUGGUCCAGGCCUGGUGUACGGAGUGGCCAACAAAACCGCUACCUUCACCAUUGUCACUGAGGAUGCAGGAGAAGGGGGCCUCGACUUGGCCAUCGAGGGACCCUCAAAGGCGGAAAUCAGCUGCAUUGACAACAAAGACGGGACGUGCACUGUGACCUACCUGCCCACCUUGCCAGGCGACUACAGCAUUCUGGUCAAGUACAAUGACAAGCACAUCCCUGGCAGCCCCUUCACAGCCAAAAUCACAGAUGACAGCAGGCGGUGCUCCCAGGUGAAGUUGGGCUCUGCCGCUGACUUCCUGCUGGACAUCAGUGAGACUGACCUCAGCACCCUGACGGCCAGCAUCAAGGCCCCGUCCGGCCGUGACGAGCCCUGUCUCUUGAAGAGGCUGCCCAACAACCACGUCGGCAUCUCCUUCAUCCCCCGGGAGGUGGGCGAACACCUUGUCAGCAUCAAGAAGAAUGGCAACCACGUGGCCAACAGCCCGGUGUCCAUCAUGGUGGUCCAGUCCGAGAUUGGGGACGCGCGCCGGGCCAAAGUCUAUGGCCGAGGCCUAUCGGAAGGCCGGACUUUCGAGAUGUCUGACUUCAUCGUGGACACAAGGGAUGCAGGUUACGGUGGCAUAUCCUUGGCAGUGGAGGGCCCCAGUAAGGUGGACAUCCAGACGGAGGACCUGGAGGACGGCACCUGCAAGGUGUCCUACUUCCCCACCGUGCCCGGGGUUUACAUCGUCUCCACCAAAUUUGCUGACGAGCAUGUGCCUGGGAGUCCAUUCACUGUGAAGAUCAGCGGUGAAGGAAGAGUCAAGGAGAGCAUUACUCGGACCAGCCGGGCCCCGUCCGUGGCAACUGUAGGGAGCAUCUGUGACCUGAACCUAAAAAUUCCAGAAAUCAACAGCAGUGACAUGUCAGCCCAUGUCACCAGCCCCUCGGGCCGUGUGACCGAGGCAGAGAUCGUGGCCAUGGGGAAGAACUCGCACUGUGUCCGGUUUGUGCCCCAGGAGAUGGGCGUUCACACGGUCAGCGUCAAGUACCGCGGGCAGCAUGUAACUGGCAGCCCCUUCCAGUUCACUGUGGGGCCACUCGGCGAAGGGGGCGCCCACAAAGUCCGGGCAGGAGGCCCUGGUCUAGAGAGAGGAGAAGCCGGAGUCCCGGCUGAGUUCAGCAUCUGGACCCGGGAAGCGGGCGCUGGGGGCCUCUCCAUUGCUGUUGAGGGCCCCAGUAAAGCCGAGAUUACAUUCGAUGACCAUAAAAAUGGGUCAUGCGGUGUGUCUUAUAUUGCACAAGAGCCUGGGAACUACGAGGUGUCCAUCAAGUUCGACGACGAGCACAUCCCCGAGAGCCCCUACCUGGUGCCCAUCAUCGCGCCCUCCGACGACGCCCGCCGCCUCACUGUUAUGAGCCUUCAGGAAUCGGGAUUAAAAGUUAACCAGCCAGCAUCAUUUGCUAUAAGGUUGAACGGUGCAAAAGGCAAGAUUGAUGCAAAGGUGCACAGCCCCUCGGGAGCCGUGGAGGAGUGCCACGUGUCUGAGCUGGAGCCAGAUAAGUAUGCCGUGCGCUUCAUCCCCCACGAGAAUGGCAUCCACACCAUCGACGUCAAGUUCAACGGGAGCCACGUGGUCGGAAGUCCCUUCAAAGUGCGCGUCGGGGAGCCCGGACAAGCGGGGAAUCCUGCCCUGGUGUCUGCCUAUGGCUCAGGGCUCGAGGGCGGCACCACAGGCAUCCAGUCUGAGUUCUUCAUCAACACCACCCGGGCAGGCCCGGGGACCUUAUCCGUCACCAUUGAAGGCCCGUCCAAGGUUAAGAUGGAUUGCCAGGAAACCCCAGAAGGGUACAAAGUCAUGUACACACCCAUGGCUCCUGGAAACUACUUGAUUGGUGUCAAAUAUGGUGGUCCCAACCACAUCGUGGGCAGUCCCUUCAAGGCCAAGGUGACAGGCCAGCGCCUGGUCAUCCCAGGCUCAGCCAAUGAGACCUCAUCCAUCCUGGUAGAGUCGGUGACCAGGUCUUCGACAGAGACCUGCUAUAGUGCCAUCCCCAAGUCAUCCUCGGACGCCAGCAAGGUGACCUCCAAAGGGGCAGGCCUCUCGAAGGCCUUUGUGGGCCAGAAGAGCUCCUUCCUGGUGGACUGCAGCAAAGCCGGUUCCAACAUGCUGUUGAUCGGGGUCCAUGGGCCCACCACCCCCUGCGAAGAGGUCUCCAUGAAGCACGUGGGCAGUCAGCAGUACAACGUCACAUAUGUCGUCAAGGAGAGGGGCGAUUACGUUCUUGCUGUGAAGUGGGGAGAGGAGCACAUCCCUGGCAGCCCCUUCCACGUCACGGUGCCCUAAAUCCGUUUACAUCCAACCCCAGGAGUUCUUGCGAUCGCUUUUGUUGCUUGUUUGUAAUUCGUUUUCUACAGUGUCCCCCAGCGUGUCAUUGGGU